AUGGCGGGCGCUGCCGCUGACGACGCUGCCGCCGCCGCCGCCGCCGCCGCCGCCGCCACCUGCGGCUGCACCAACAUCGCCAUCAUGCAGCUCUUCCACGAGCUCAAGCAGCAGUUCCCGGCCGUGCCUGACAGAGUCAGACAUCCUCGCAUCAUUUCUACCCGAAUCGACGUGGAAAUGUUGAAGCCUCGAGAUAGAUAG